AUGCCCUACAAGGAGAGGAAGCCCCAAUACGCUGCACUCCGACGUGCAAUCUUGAAGAAGAACAACCCAGCUUUGACGGCCAAGUUCUCUUUGUGUUCAGAUGGGGAUCGGUUUGGGAUGCUCAAGUCGUUUCUGGUGAAUGAAGGGGUGGGGGCCAUAGAAAUCGAAGAGCGCUUCCAGACCUUCGUCAACAACUUGCGGUCUGACCGUUACGUCACGGUUACGAUAUUCCAAUUGGAGAAAAUCUAUGGCACCUCGGAGGAGUCUACGGCCUUCAUCGAGGCCCUCAUAAAGGGCCUCUUGGCUUGGGUACAUGCUUACUUGCUGCAGCAGAUAAUUGUACAAAGCUUCAAGACAUGA